AUGGAGGAGGGAUCUUCAGAAGUUAAACCGGAUUGUGACGUCAUUGAAGAUGGAGUAGUGAAGAAUGGAGGCUCGGGGGCUCGUUCUGCUCAAGUAUCGCCUAAUUCCGCUCUUACUUGUGAAAUGUGUCAGAACUAUGAAGUUAACCUAACAUUGAUUCAGGAGAACGAAAGGAAAGCGAGGGAGAAGCUCAGAGCAGCAAAGUCUUUAGCAGAUCGAUAUGAGGUCGAACUUGCGACAGAAAGAAAGUACAGGGUGGACGUCGAGAAGAAAAUGAGCGAGCUAGCUGCACAUUUCAAUGACGAGUUGAAAUGUGCAGCUUCUACCAAUGCGAAAAUUGAAGAGCGAGUUAACGAACUCCUUGAGAAGCAGAAGUCAGGAAUGGAGAAGUGUUCUGAGCAGCUACAGGAUGUCAAUCGUGUUUGUUCUGGAUAUGAAGAAGAUAUGAAGCAAAUCGCAGCUAAGUACCAGGAUCUCCUUGGUACAAACAGGACUACAGCUGCAGAGAUGAGGGCGGAACCAAUAGAUCUACCGCAAAACGCAGACCAAUUACAAUUUCUUUGUCUGCAGAUGAGGGAAGAAUUAAUAGAACUUAAAUCUGCACGGCAGCAUGAGCAGAACGAUAUGCGAGACGAAAUCGCGUUGCUG